CGCAAAACGAAUAACGACGUCCAUCGAAAGAACGCCAUCGGUUUUUUUUCGUGCUGACUGAUAAUUUUUUUCCAAUCGUUUUUUUCAUCGUUCUCACUCAGCAUGGCUUCGGCGGCAAAAUACUCGUGAGAAGUUCACGUCAGCAAGAACGACGUCCAAAUUACGGUUUCUUUCAUCCAAAUCGCGGUCAGUCGUGGUCCCCUUCCUUUGGCCCGAUUCUCAAACUUGUACUCGCCCCCAUUUUUUCAAUACUUUCAUUCACUUUUACGUCUUCAUACACCACAUUUAUAUGCCCGCGCAACAACACCUACUCCCAUUGUCAUUUCCUAUCUCUUUCUCUGUACAUUAGGAAGUUUUUCUGAGUAAUUUUUUCAACAAGCUCCGCUCCAAUACUAGAUGUCAAAAAUCACCCGUGGUUCCAUCGGUGGCGGUGGGGAUGCGGGCGCGCAGGGGGGUCGUCGCGGUUCCAGUUUCAUGGGCGCGAUGUACGAUAUCGGCGAGGACGCAAAAAUUCUGAAGAACACCUCCGAGAUCACCCUCAAACAGGCCGCCAAAGACCACGACUGCUACUGGAAAUCCCAUGACGCCAAACCACACGAGAUCAUCUACGAUUUCGGAAGAAAGGUAAUAGUCGCUUAGCUCGUGGAUACAUGACAAGAAUCCAGUACGACUCAAAAAUAUACUACGGGUUGUGGACAACUUGCACUUCUUUUCGAUUCGUUAUCAUCUUUAUCAAAACAACAGGUAUCGCUGACGUCAAUCCAAUUUACAUUACUCGGGUGCGACACCGUGCAGGACGAUAUCAGCUACAACCCGAAGUGCGUCUCCGUCUCCUACACACAAGAAAACGAGCUCGGCCCCGACGCCCGAUGCUCCUGGUUGCCCGCCAAGAGAGUCUUCUGCCCAAAGGAAAAUGAGGAUCUCGAGGUACUUCUAUUGGGUUUUGGAACAAGUAAACGUGCUCGUGCAUGUGGAUGAUCAUAUGAUUUUUGUUUGCUUUCUUCUGAAAAAAUUCUGCUUGCUUCUUCAAAGACUAUUCUCCUCUGUGAUUUUGAUUUCGAAAGAACAUUCUUGUUCCAAGACCACACCCGACAUAGACUGCACGACCUCUCACACACCACACGAAAGGUUUCCUGGCGAUGCGAGGAGCCGGCGAGGUACUGGCGGGUAGAAUUCCAGUUGGCCUGGGAAAAGGCGCCACACAUGAUCAUCAGUGCCUGCAAGCUGAUGGCGGAGGACGCUAUCAAAUGUAAAAAUGUCUGGGUCUGGAUGAAACUUGUGAUGCUGUGUGGCGUAUCAUGAGGAGGCGACAAUUGCUGGCUCAGCAUGACAAGUUUCUGAGCUUCUAGGUGUUGCCUAUUCUGCAUGACAAACUACGUUUCUGCAUGACAGAAAAGUGGGGCUCCUUGGUAAUGUGCAUGACAGAUUUAAGAGUCAUGCCAGACAUGCAUGACAAACUUGCAUUCUUCCAGACCCAGACAUUUUUACAUUUGAUAGACGCGGGCGCAAGACCAAAGAACUCCGACCUGAAGGUUAUGUCCAAGGAACAAACCUCGAAGCUGACCAAAAUGGCACAGGAAUUCGACAUGGAAAAGAACCUGCCACCAGAAAUCAUUGAGGUAUACCUUCAUCGAUGUAUAUGUAUAUCAAUAAUAGUGCGGCGGUUUUUUAUUUUUUGAAAAAUGAGGACGCAACAAACGAAUGGGGCUCUUCGAUGUAGUUUGUAUGGCCUGUGAGAACAGGAACAGCAUUCUCCGAACACGAGCACGAUCAAAACGUAUGAUGACAAACGUUUUCCAAAAGGCCUCCUAGCGUCCAGCUCUAGUGAUAGACUGGAUUUGUGAGGACCAUUUGAAAUAAACGAGAAGUAUUGUCUGAGAUCGUUUUUUUGCGACGAAGCUGUUUUCACAUUUGGAGGCUGGUAAAGAAGACUUGUUGUUGUUUUCUGGCAACAUCAAUGAAAAAAUUCUCAUGCACAAAUUCCUUGAACUUGAAUGUAGUGAAGAUCUUGAUAAGAGUAAAAGCACGGAAUUUUUGAUGAAAAGCGAAACCUGAUCUACUUCCAGGUCCGAGCAUUGGCGAAGAAAGUCGGUGUGUCAGUGGAUGACGCAGAAAUGCUGCGAGCAAAGUUCAACGAGUUCGACGUAGACGGUUCCGGAUUCAUCGACAAGGACGAGUUCAAAGGGGUAGAGCUUAGAUAAAAUGCUUCCGUGCAUGACAAUUUAGCAUAAGUACUAACUUAUUUCGAAUGGCGUGAAGUUUUGUAGUAGAUCUGCAUGCGAAGGCGAAGGCGAACUUUCAUUGCUGCCAAUAAAUCACAUACAAACAAACUACCACCACAGGUGCUGAAAGCGUUUAUGGGCAGCCGCAACGAAAUUUCGAAGGAGCGAUUUGACGCCUACUGGCGGGAUGUGGACCAGGAUAACUCGGGCGAGGUGGACUUUGAGGAGUUCCUGAAGUGGUACCAAGUCACCGUGAAAACCGGCGGGCUCUCCCCCGAGGGCUUCUACGCGACCUUCGGGCUGCAGCGGCUGGGCCGAAUCGCCGCGGCAGAAGCGGACUAAGCGAUCUCGUCGUUGUCUUCAGCAGCACACCUCGUUCUAUCCCACCAGUAUUUUGAAGCCAGUUUGUUCUGUAUAAUGAAUGAAAUUUGACAACUCGUCGUCACGAGAACAAUACGAACAUAUGCAGUUACAUUUGCACAAUUUUUCGAAACACAUUUAUUUGUUGGUCAAUCAAUCUAAUUUACGUAUAGCAGUUUUUGUUACCAGUAUCAAUUUCGUGCCACACCCCAACAUGACACUGUAGCAGAUUCAGGGCGGUUUUACUUGUGAGUACAUUAUACCCAUGAAGAAAUAAAUCUUGACGGCCACUCCACCUAGGCCAGCAAGAAUUAUGCAAAUGUACCACACCAAAUGCACACAGGUUAAUGUCAUCAAGUAGCAAACACAACCCAAACCCCACUAGUACACGCGGCCCUUCUACUGUAAAAGAAAAAUUAAAAAUAGACAUCAUUUCAUUUCCAUUUAAUUAAGCGACUUUUACUCUACUUAUUAGACACACUUGACAAGAAGCGAUCAUGUUACAUAUUGGCUACGGGACGAAGUGAGACCACAUGUUGGAUUUGCGAUGCUACAAGCGAAGCACCAGGGGCGGAGCAUGAACGAGCAACGCGGUUCAUCAUUUUUUGGGACCCAUAUUAGGAAACACGACCUGACCCACCAUAGCAAACUGUACAUGAUGUACUUAUUUAAGCGUCCGGACUGACAUGAAAUUUGGAAUAAUUUUUUCCCGCACCGGUAAGAGAAGGUAAAGGGGUUUCAACAU